AUGGCGCAGAAAGGAGAUCAGCUUGACCAAGAAACAAUCAGCUGUUCGAUCUGUUUGGAUCUUCUGAAGGACCCGGUGACUAUUCCCUGUGGACACAGCUACUGUAUGAGCUGUAUUAAAAACUUCUGGGAUGGAGAGGAUGAGAAGAAAAUCCACAGCUGCCCUCAGUGCAGACAGGCCUUCACACCGAGGCCUGUCCUGAAGAAAAACACCAUGUUAGCAGCUUUAGUGGAGCAGCUGAACAAGAAUGGACUCCAAGCUGCUCCUGCUGAUCACUGCUAUGCUGGACUUGAAGAUGUGGCCUGUGAUGUCUGCACUGGGAGGAAGCUGAAAGCCUUCAAGUCCUGUCUGACAUGUUCAGCAUCUUACUGUGAGAAUCACCUCCAGCCUCACUUUGAAUCCACCAAAUUAAAGAAACACAAGCUAGUUGAGCCCUCGGACAAACUUCAGGAGAACAUCUGCUCUCGUCAUGAUGAGGUGAUGAAGAUGUUCUGCCGUACAGAUAAGAAGUGUAUCUGUUAUCUCUGUCCUGUGGAUGAACAUAAAGGCCACGACACAGUCUCAGCUGCAGCAGAAAGGACUGAGAGGCAGAGAGAUCUCGAGGUGAGACGAAAAAACAUCCAGCAGAGAAUCCAGGACAGAGAGAAAGAUGUGAAGCUGCUUCAACAGGAGGUGGAGGGUGUCAGUUGCUCUGCUGAUAAAGCAGUGGAGCACAGUGAGAAGAUCUUCACUGAACUGAUCAGUCUCCUCCAGAAAAGAAGCUCUGAUGUGGAGCAGCAGAUCAGAUCCAAGCAGGAAACUGAAGUGAGUCGAGUCAAAGAGCUUGAGGAGAAGCUGCAGCAGGAGAUCACUGAGCUGAAGAAGAAAGACGCUGAACUGAAGCAGCUCUCAGACACUGAAGAUCACACUCAGUUUCUACGCAACUACCCCUCACUGUCACGUGUCUGUGCACCUACAGACUCAUCCAGCAUCAUCAUCCGUCCUUUGAGAUACUUUGAGGAUGUGACAGCAGCUGUUUCAGAGCUCAGAGAUAAACUACAGGACAUGCUGAGGGACGAAUGGACAAACAUCUCACUGACGUUGACUGAAGUGGAUGUUUUACUGUCAGAACCAGAGCCCAAGACCAGAGCUGGACUCUUAAAACAUUCAUAUGAAAUCACUCUGGAUCCAACGACAGCACACAAAUGGCUGUUACUAUCUGAGGACAGAAAAAAAGCAGAGCUAACGAAUCAAGAACAGCCUUAUCUUCGUCACCCAGCCAGAUUCAGCCUAUGGCGUCAGGUCCUGAGUAGAUAUAUUCUAACUGGACGUCAUUACUGGGAGGUGGAGUGGAGAGGGGGAAGGGAAGGAGGAGUCCAUGUAGCAGUUACAUACAAGAGUAUCAGCAGAUCAGGAUGGUCAAAUGAAAGUCAGUUUGGACAAAAUGACAAAUCUUGGUCUUUAUUUUGUGGCCCUAACGGGUAUGAAUUUUGGUUCAAAGGUAUCUGUACUCCCAUCUCAGGUCCUCGUUCCUCCAGAGUCGGAGUGUACCUGGAUCACACAGCAGGUAUUCUGUCCUUCUAUAGCGUCUCUAAGUCCAUGACUCUCCUCCACAGAGUCCAGACCACAUUCACUCGGCCUCUCUGUGCUGGACUUGGUUUUGAUGCUGGAGUCUCGGCUGAGUUGUGUAAACUCACAUAGACAUAAGUCAUUUCAG